CUUUGGGAUCCUUGACCGUCAUGAGUUUUGACUCUUGAUUGAAGUGAAGCGAGAAGAACUUAUGAACUUGACCCUCUCUCAUCCCUCCCCCCUCGAACCACAACUGUCAACUGGGAGAGUGUGAGAAAGCGAGAAAGAGAGAGAGAGACCGUAUAAUCCUCCCCUCUCUCUGUUGUGAUCUUUCGUGUUCAUACAACACAGUCCACUCAUUAUUUUUCUACUUAAUUAAUUUUUCCCCUUCUUUUCCACGUCCUCCUCUUCAUCCAGAGGUGUCCCAAGAUACCUUUAUUUAAACUUCUUCCAAACUUCCAAACUGAUCGCUUUGACUAUUUUUCUUCAACUGCUAUCCGUACCAUUGAAUCCACGGUACCAAUAAAAGAUUUAAAGUUACUGGAUUUGCUGGAUUUGCUCGAUUUACUGCAUGUUUACCACUUUAGUCGCGUCAAGAUAAGCAAAAAAAAGAAACCCCCCGAUAUUCUGUACCCAGGCGGUUCAAAUCCGUACGGCACCGAUCAUAUAUCAACACGCGAACCUCUUGCCCCUGGCUUCCCCAAGAUUGCUCAAGUUCCCCGAUCAACAAAUCGAAGAUCGGACUAAACUGGUUCAACAUACAACAUACAAUAUACAAUCUACUCCUUCUACUUCUGCUUCUGCUUCUGCUUCUACUCUUACUCCUACUUAUACAACUACUUAUUACCCUACCUGUGGUACAACCUCAUUUAUUCUCGUCGGACACAUUAUUCUAAGUACCGCAUUUGUUUCCUCCGAUCUACGAAUACGAAUUAGUCCGGUGCUUUUCGAGGGGCCCCAAGUCCUACCUGGGCGCAGAGGGUUUCCCAAUCUACAAGACUUGUCUUUAAUCGAGAAUUAUUCUAUUCCUUCUCCCACAUUAAAAUUGCGGUCACCACAAUGUCGACCUCUUUGGCAAUGGAUCAUCCGUCAAUACUGUCCGACGCGGGAGAUAGUAGGAGUAGCAAUGAUCCAUUCUUGUCUCCUCCUUCGGUUUUGAGCGGCCACCGUUUUUCUCAUUUCGAUAAACAACUAUUCGCGCUGGGCCCUUCAACAUCUCCCGAACAAGCCAAACGGGCACUAGAAGCACAUCUUGCAGAGACGGAACGAAGAAUCCAGGAGGCUUCAAACCUCGGUACAACCCUUUUACAGCAGAGAAAAGAUUUGGGAGAGCGCUUGAAGGAAGUCGAGAAACAGCAGAGCGAAGGAGACAUUACACCAGAGUUGCGACAGAAAUUGGUUGACAUCGAGAGAGAAUAUAAUGAAGUGGGAAGGGAGACAGCUAGAGCCUUCUUACCAAAGUCAAGAGUACCCAGCAGCGAGAUGGGAUCAUCACCUUUUACUGAUAAGCGUUCCGCAAGCCCUUCCAAAUUCGAAAGUCAUACAACUGCUACUGCUUCUCCUUCUAAAUUCAGUGUUCCCAGUCGAAAGCAGCGAAAUCAACCUGCGAAUAGGGUACACGAUAUCGAAUUCGCGACAGAAAUUAGUACCUCACUGUUAGCACAAGUGCGGCAUCUACAAUCACUUCUAGCAGAGAAGGAAGAAUCUCUCAAGACUGUUGCUCUCGAGAAGUCUAGGUUGGAAAUCGAAGCCGAAGGUUUUACUCAACGUUUGAGGAGUCUGGAUGAGAGCGAAAAUAGAUACAAGGAUGAGAAUUGGAACCUAGAAACUCAAAUCCAUGAACAUUUGGCUACGCAGAAAGAGGCAUCGGAACGCGAAAAGAGGUUAACACAGAGUCUAAGUCUCUUACAAGCCGAAAAGAGCGCAACGCAAAAGGAAUUGGACGAGAUCAAGUUGAAUCAUGCGAAGCUCCAAGAUCAACACGCAUCCACAGUAAAGCAUCUUGAUGUGGAACUGGGAACUGCUAAGCGAAGCUUGACGAUCUUCGAAACCGAAAAGGGGGCUCUUCAGAAGAAGGUUGAAGAAUUGAUGGGUCAGAACUCAGAGCUCGCGCGAGCAGUAGCACAUCAUCGAGGACGAGUGGAAGAACGUGAGGCGUCCCAUGGCAGUGGCGAGGAGGAACCUCAGACAACAACUGAUAACAACACCCCUGAACAUUCUCCGCCUCCGUCGCCGAUCAAAAUGACUCCUAGACAUAGCAUGCUAGAAUCCGAAACUUUGAAGAGCUCUCUUCAUCACGCCCAUCGAAUGAUUCAAAAUCUCAAGGGUAACAUUCACAGAGAGAAAACCGAAAAGCUAGAACUGAAGCGUAUGCUGCAAGAGGCUAGAGAUGAAAUUGAGGUUGCGCGCCGAGGCGAACCACAGGUAGACUCCCCUGGACCGAGAAGAGCUCGAAAGAAUGCCCCUAUUCAAGCCAAGAAGCCAUUCAAAGUGGGCCAACUUGGUGGUAUUAGGAAUAGUAGAAGUGAAGUCUUGAUUGAAGAGGAUCAGGAAGACCACUUUGAGGAUAUUGACUGGGAGGAUGAUCAUGAACAACCUAGUCCAAGCCGUGGUCCUCGCUCCAUGGGCGCUAGUUCUGGAGCCGCUAUUGCAGCUUCUAUGGCGGCUGGCAUUGGCAAGUCUUCUCAUAACCUUUUCGGAAGCUCUACUGAACAAAGUGAUGCUUUUGAAACGGCAAAUGAACGUUCUACAGAGACAGAAGAUUUCCAAACAGGUGUUGAAGAUAUGGCUGGCGCGGAUGAUACAGACACAGAAACAGAAAAGGGCGGUACCAUUCGAGCGAAGGCUUCACGUCAAUCUAUGGCCUUGUCAAAGGCUGGUAAUCGUGAUUCGUUCCAGAGCACUGCUUCAACGUCUGAGGAUGAGUACAUGUACGAAGAUUCAAAGACACCUGGUAUCCAUCCACAACGACUAAGACUGAAGAUCAGCCGUAAUGGCAAUCGUCGUUCGCGUGUUGCUAGCGAUGAUGCUAAAGCGGAAAGCCCAAUUGACUUUGUCGAUAGCAAUCAUGGUACUCCUAAACCGGCUGGACAAAGCUUGUUUGCAGAAUUGGGCGAAUUAGGAAGUGAUGAUGAAUCUGUCGCUUCUGGUCCUCCUAGUCGCUACGCAUCAAGGGGCAAUACUCCACAAUCAUCGAGGCCAAGCACCGCUAGGAAUGUUUCUGCUGCGAUUACUAUACCACCAGUACCAAGAAUACCAAUGAUCGAUUCUGCUAUGAUGACCGAUCCCUGGGAGCCCGAGCCACAUACACAAACGACAAGUGUGCCGAUAUUGUCAGGCCUUACCGGUGCCGCACUUGGGGCUGCUGGUGGUGUUGCGGCUGUAUUAGGUCUCAAUAAAGAACACGAUCGAGCUAUAUCACCCGAACCUGAAUCUAAAUCUCAAGCUCUUCGACCUACAAUCGAUGCUUCAAAUGAUGAGCCCCUGACAAAAGAAGGUCAGCCAAUAGUUUCACAUCCACAGAUCGAGCCACAGGCAUCUGAAAUCUCUCCAGAAGUUGAGGCAACUAAGUCUAGCCCAACGGAAGAAGCUUAUCUUGUUUCUUCAAAAUAUCCGGGUAGACCACCAAUGUCUGAUGCUGCACAUCAGUGGCACGAUGAACAAAUGAAACAGCAAGCAGAUGGAUUACUAAAGGUUCAACCACAACACGACGUAACACGGCCAGUGUCUACAACAUACAGCGAUAUGAGUUCACAAUACGACAGUGAACUCAUUGACGAAAAAUUGGACAAAUUCCCAUCGCCUCCACUAUCGAGUACCAAUCCAUUGACAAUAUCUACAAUUCAAUCUGAACAUAUCGAAGCUGAACCGAUUCCAGAAAUUGAACCAACAGAAGCUGCUCCACUGACAUUAUCCACAAUUCAGUCAGAGCAGAUCAGCGCCGAGCCGAUCCCGAUUGAGCCACUGACGAUGUCUACUAUUCAAUCUGAACACGUCGAGCCAAUCGUUAUCGAGAAUGUUCGCUCAGAACCAUCUACUUUACCUGCUGUUCUGCCUGAUGUUCUCCCAUCUACUCCAAAACGCUCACCAAGACCCGAUUACUUUUCAAUGUCUCCAGGUUUGGGCUUCUCUACCAUCCAAUCGGUUGAUACAGAACCUAUUGCACCUCCUACUCCAAAAGGUCCAAAGAGAGAUGGUGUACUGCUCUCUACAUUCCCAGCUUCGGAAAGUAAAUCUUUUGUUGAAGAUAAAUCAGAAUCCACAUCUCCUAUUGUAGAGAGUAAAUCUAUAGAUCAGAUCAAAUCAGAGGAGCCCAGGUCAAGAGAUGAGCCACAUACCCCAAAGACUGGCUUCAUGAGUUCCGUUUUCGGUGCUUGGAACAAAAAGCAGUCGAGUGCGCCAAUCAUUGCUGAGGAUGAGACUCGUCAAUCGCCAAGUCAAUCACCAGUGGCAGAAACACCAGAAUCUCAACGACCAUUCAAACCAGUAUCGGGCAAUACCACCGAACGAUCUAUCAAGAAGCCUCGCGUUGAGAUGACAGACGAAAGUUCUCAAACUGCUUUGACCGCAGAACAAAUCGACCAAAUGCUCAACAAGAGUAAGAGACAGGAUACCGUCCUUGCAGAGGACGGACAGAAGUCUAAUGUUCACUCUUCGCCACAUGCUAUUAGCAUCCCUGUAGCCCUUAAAACCCACAAGUCACAAGAGAGUAUUGGCAGCGUUGGUCGUUCAAAAGCAAAGAGUCCUGACACUGAAUCUUCCGUAGAUUUUAUGGCUGCGAGAAGACCUACAAGUUCUGGAAGUGGUAGGAAUGCAUCAAUCACAAGCAUUCACCCACCUCUACCCUCAGAUCAUAAGCAAGUCAUUGCUGCUGCUGCUCAACGUACAGGUUCUGCGAAUGGAUCAGGUGACCACAGACAUCUCACUACGCUUCCUGAAGACCAGCAACAACAGGAACAACCAAAACGUACUGGAUCCUCAACUAGCGCAGGUACAGGUGCUAUGGGACCUCCUCCAAUACCAUCUAGUCAAAAGAAUCGACCCAAGACCCCAAGUUCUCAAGCUCAUGGAUCUUUGAAGAUAAUAUCAACUUCAAAAUAUAGAAACCCAUCUACUGAGCGCGAAGUACACUCUCCAACUGGCACAGGAAGAUCAAGACACUCCUCGGUGUCUUCAUUCGCAUCUGAGGUGGAUACUCGCUUCAAUCUACGUGCUGGAGUUCCAAUGCCACAAGGCGUAGAGCCAAGUACCGAUCCAAGGAUGAUUAAUGCUAUUACUCAAACUAUGAUUGGUGAAUAUCUUUGGAAAUAUACUCGCAAAGCUGGUCGUGGUGGAAUGUCAGAAAAUCGUCAUCGACGUUACUUCUGGGUUCAUCCAUAUACAAGAACACUGUAUUGGAGUGAUAGAGAUCCUUCGACCGCUGGUCGUUCGGAGCUGAAGGCAAAGAGUGUAGCCAUCGAAGCGGUUCGAGUUGUAACUGAUGAUAACCCCAUGCCACCUGGAUUACAUCGCAAGAGCCUGGUUAUCUUAACACCUGGUCGGACUGUUCAAUUUACUGCGAGCACAGGACAACGUCAUGAAACUUGGUUCAAUGCACUCUCAUACUUGCUUCUGCGCACAGGAGAAGAUGCUGUGACUGAUACUGUUGAAGUCUCGGGCGCGCUGACAAGCGAAGAUGUCGAUGAGUUCAAUCCUGGAUAUGGUCAUGCACACUUAGGUAGUAGACGAGGAGCUCCAUCCCUUUCAUCAUACAACAGUAGAACUACUCGUAAUGACUCGCCAAUAAGCAAGGAUAGAAGAUAUUCUACUAUGCAUCCUCGAUUAACAUCAAGACCUUCAAGACCAACUUUGGCUUCAAACACUUUCUCUCGACUGAGCAAUUACCUAUUGCCUGGUGAUGGAAAUAGAUCUUUCUCUGGUCGAAGAAGCCGAAGUGUUAAUGGGGCCCAAAGUAUCUAUGAAGCCAGUGAGGUUCAUGAUAGUGCUGAGGAUUUGAGAGAACAAAUCGAAAGAGAGGAUCGGGAAUCUGACAGAUUAGAGAACGUACGAGCAUGCUGCGAUGGCAAACACGAUGUCGGUCAUCUUCAUCAUGAAACUCCCAAAGGUCGUCGAACUAUGAGUGCAGCAUCAGGCUCUUAUGGACAGACACAUCGUGCUCCAAGCCGAACUAGCCAAAGGCCAACUGAACCAACUCAACAGACAUAAUUUUUUAAUCAUCGAUCAAUUUUCUAGAUGCAAUCACAAUCUUAAAUAACUUUUACGAACUCAUGCCUCUACUUGAAUUUUACUUUCGCCUAACUCGAUAAAACAAACAAGAUCCGUUUUUCCUUCAUUUUCGGUAAAGAACGUCUAACGGCUGCCAGGACAACUUCCAAUACUAUCUCAUUUGUCAUACUUUUCUUCAUUCGUCUAUCCAUUCGUCCAUUCGUCAAUUUUCAUAAUUCCUUCCGUCUCCGUCGUCACCAUUGUUUAUCGUUCUUUGGGGUUUAAGUCAAUGAUAUCUUUUCAGGCGAAGGAGUUAUUUUUUGGCCAUUAUUUUUCGAUGGACUUUAGGGGGCUUAUUAGUGCACUAUGGUAGCGGGUGGGCAGACGGUGCUAUGCGAAAUUGUUUUUUGUAUUGUGGGAUGCAUUUUAUCAUUUUAUCUCCCCCAAAAUGCAUGAGGGAGGUGAAGCGUGGGUAGAUGGGAUGGGAUGGAAUGGACGGAUGAGGGAAAUCUUUUUUAACUACAUUUUCUUGUGUUGUGAUAGGGUCACCCUUUACUAAAUGUAUUUGAGAGGAAUUAAAUACAACAAACUGAAUCUUGAGAC